AUGACAACAACAGAAGGAACAAGAAAUGCAAUGGAUGUUAUUCAUAAUGGUGAAUGGACAUUAGACAGUGACAAAGAAUUUCUAGAAUACAUUAAAGAAAUCCAUAAUACAAUAUUAGGUUCUUGUAAUCAACUCACAACCCAAAUGCAAGAAGCAACAAAAAAUAUCAACCUCCUUGAAUUACAGGUUCGAUCAACAGGAGAUGAAUUUGUCUAUAUCAGUCAAUCUCAAUAUCUUGAAAAUAAAGUGGCUGAAUAUGAAAUUAAAGAAGAUGACGAGAAAGUAAGCACAGAAAUAAAAGAUAUUGAAGAUGAUAAAUUAUUUGAGAUUGCUCUUGAAAAGGGACUUCAAAUGAUUAAUGGAAUUAAUAUCAAUGAAGGAAAGAAUUUUGUUGAUGAAAUUGAAUAUAUUGGAUAUCCUCAAUUAUCAAAAAAUCAAGAACAAAAUCAAGAGAAUACAACAGAACCAACUCAACCAACUGUUUCUGUAUCAUCAAUUCCAACUGUCUCUGUAUCAUCAAUUGGAGAAAUUAAAACUGGAGAAAUCCCACCCCCACCUCCAUUACAUAUGGAUUCAUCAGGAAACCCAAUUUUAUCAUCUUCACCAAGGGUUAGUUCUGAGAAACAAGAACAAGAAACACAAGUGAUUUCAGAAGAACAACAAAAAGAACAACAACAGGAUGAACAGACUACAAAGAAAAUAUCAAUUAUAGAAGAAAUUAAACAAAGAGGAUUCAGACUACCACAACCAGGAGAUAAACCAGGAGAUAAAUCAGAUUCACCAACCAUCAUCCCUAAGCCCAAAGUUGAAAGUAUAGAAGAGAUUAAAACAGAAGAACCAUCAAAUAACAAAGUACAUGAACCUGAAAAGAAGGAAGAGCAAACUGAUGAUGUUACUAAAUUACUAAUAGAAUCAAAACAUAAGAGAGAGACUACCUCUAACAAACUAUCAACUAUCUUAAGUUUUGAUGAUGAUAACGUUGACUUUAAAACAAAAACAAUAGAAAAAAAGAAAGAAGAUUCGCAGAAAAAAGUAAAAGAAAAGAAGAAGAAAGUGGAAUUUGAAAAUUUGUUUGAUGAUAAAGAGGAUGUUGAUAUUUUGGACGUAUUAGCCUCUUCACUUGACACAAAAAAAGAAACUAAUACAAGCACAGUUCAACGUCUAGAUGAAAAGAAAAAAACACCAGAAGACUUUAUUGAUUUAUUACUUGAAAAGAAAGUCGAAGAAAAAGAAAAGAAACCAGCAAAAAAGAAUAGAAAGAUUGAUGUUCUGUUUAGUGAUGUUAAUGAAGAGCCUGAUGUAUCCCAACAAAGCAAAAACCAAACGCCAAUAGAAAAGAAAGAAGAACCACACAAAGAGAAUAUUCAAGAAGAAAAGAAAGAAAUAACAGAAAAGAAUCUAGACCCUUUGUUUGGUGAUGUUAUAAUCAAACAACAUGAGGUUCAAAAAGAAGAACCAAUAACAACUCCAUCAUCUUCAGAAAAGAAAGAAAACCUCAAACCCCAAAACAACCAACCAAAACAAGAGAUUACCAAGAAAGAAAUAAAAGUAGAUAAUUUAUUUGAAGAUAUUGAAAUCCAAUCCAAUUCACAACUUACUGUGGAUAAGCAGAAGAACAAAAGUCAGAAAGAAAGAGAAACCAAGAUUGAUGAUCUUUUUGGGAGAAGUACUAUCAAAUCUCAGGAAAUAAAAACUGAAAGAAAACAUCUACAACCGAUCCAUGAUAAGUCUCUAGAAAAGAAAAUAGAGAGUCAAACAAAUCAAAAACCAAAGAAAGAACCUAAUCAAAAACCCAAGAAAGAAAUUGAUGACAUUUUCAGUAUUGAAACACCAACAAAACCAUCUAACAAUGAAACAGUAACAUCCCUGCAUCAACAAAACUCAAAAAAGAUAGUUGAUGAUUUGUUUGAAACUGAACCAAAGCCAAAAGACUCAACGAAAAAAACUCAAGAACCUAAACAAUACCAGAAAAUAGCCAUUGACAACCUAUUUGAAGAACCAAAGGUUGUUUCUGGUAUCUCCAAUACAAAGAGUAAACACAAGAAACCAGAAAUAGACGAUUUGUUUGGAGACACAAAAGUAGAAGAUGCUAAACAAGUACCAACAAAUGAACGAAAAACAAAGGAUUUAUUAGAAAGUACUCAAGUAAAUGAUAUUAAGAAGGAAGGAGAGAAAAAGCAAGAACAAACAAAGAAAAUUGAUGAUUUGUUCACCUUUGACGAUAUUUCUAAGCCAAAGGAAGAAACUAAGAAAUCCAAGACAAAGACAACACAAGUUGAUGACUUAUUUGGAGAUAUCAACACAACACCAACACAACCUAAACAACAAGAAGAAAAGAAAGACCAACCUAAAAAGAAGAUAGAUAAUGUCUUUGAAGCAGAAACUAAGAAACAAGAAGUAAAAGCUCAAGGAAGUAAGGUGUCUAGUAAAAUUGAAGCAUUGUUUUCAACAAAAGAAGAGCCAAAGAAAAAACCAGUUAGUGAUAAUGAAAUUAAAGCAGAAAAGAUGACAAAAACACAAACAAAAACUAAGUUAGAAGGCAUUUUUGGGAAUAAACCAAUCAUGGGAGGACCAGCACCAAUAAGACCAAAGCCAGUGGAACAGAAAAAUGAAGAAAGUAAUGAAGAGACAAUCGAGAUUCGACAUGAUGGUAAAAUUAGUAGAAGAAGUGUAUCAGGUCCAAAAGGAAGAAGAAGACCAACAAUGAAAAAGAUUCAAUUUGAUGAACAUACUGAACGACUCAUGAAAGAAAUCAAUGACAAUAAGACACAGGAAAGCAACAAAGAAAGGAUUCAAGAUUUGUUAGAUGGCAAAGAAGUAAAACCUAUCAGAACAGAUGACAUUAAACACCAAAAGGUUGAUGAAUCAACAAAAGAAGUUCAUGUAUUAGACAAAGAAGAAAAGGAAGAUUCAGGGGAUAGUGAUGGUUUUGUUAUUGAAGAUGAUCAACCAUCAAGCACUACAAAUAUUAGUGCCAAAGAGAAUGAUAUUAAAGAAAAUGAUACUGAACAUAAGGAACAAGUAAAGAGUGAUGACACAACAGUAAUAGAUGAAAUAUUUGAAUCGAAAGAAGAAGAUAAGAAAAACGAAGAAGACAUUAUUAAGAAGUCAGAUAAACCAAUUGAUAAUAGUAAAAUCUGUUCAGAAUUUGAUUUUGAUGAUUUCUUUUGA